GAGCUGUGCCCUCCCUCCGCAGUACUUGUGUUUUGUUAGACUCAAGAUGGAGGCGCCGGUAGUGGGAGAGUCGGGAGGGGAAUAUUUCACCCGAGAAGUGGAGAGGCGAGCGGGCUCCCCGCUGCGCUUGAAGCAAUGCAGCAAAGGCGACGUGGGCUGCGUGGUGUGGGACGCGGCCAUCGUGUUGUCAAAGUACCUGGAAACGGAGCAGUUUGUCGAGCGCAGCACCGGGGUUUAUAAAUGGGCGAACAAGAGAGUUUUGGAAUUGGGCUCUGGGACGGGAGUCGUGGGUCUCAUGGCAGCGACACUGGGGGCCUGUGUCACAGUGACUGAUCUGGAGGACCUGCAGAGUUUAAUGGAAGUGAAUAUUAAAGAGAAUCAGCACCUGGUCACUGGGUCGAUCCAAGCCAAGGUACUAAAAUGGGGGGAAGACGGGAGUGAGUUUCUGCCUCCACCUGAUUACAUUCUGAUGGCAGAUUGCAUUUACUACGAGCAGUCUCUGGAGCCUCUUGUGAAGACCCUGAGAGAGCUGGCCAGUGCAGAGACCUGCAUUAUCUGCUGCUACGAGCAGAGGACCAUGGGCAACAACCCCCAGGUGGAGCAGCUGUUCUUUGAGCUGCUGCGGAGGGACUUUGCCGUUGCAGAGAUCCCCCUUGAGAAGCAGGACGAGGAGUACCGCAGCGAGGAUAUUCACAUACUGCACGUCGUGCACAGGGAGAGAUGACAGCCAGCGGCCACGCGGAGCAGGAAGGGGCCUUGCACCGCAAACUGCAAGGCCGCGUUUCUCAUACUUCACCUGCUGUAGCUGCAAGAAGAGGUGACAGCAAGCCACAUCGUAGGGGAAUAAUCUUCACGUAAUAGCAGGACUGGAUAUUUAGGGUAACUAGACCACAUCCUUUACUUGAGCACCGUGAGGAUGUGGUCUAGACUAGCUCGCCGUAACGUUCUCCAGAUACGAAAUAGACAGUACCAGGGACUUGCUAUUCUAGCAGUACUUUAUGUGCAAGGGUGGAAAUUUGACUCCCAUUGCAUAGCAUUUUGAUUACAUUCUGGUCUGGUUAGGUUUAGAAGAGAAAGUUUACUUCUCCAUUGCAUAGCAGCUUUGACCAGUCCCAGCUGUGCUGUGUGCUAAAUGUGACACGCAUCGUGUGACUUAAACUGCUCUGCAAGGAGGGUCUCACUAUUUGCAUCCCUGCUGUGUCCAAAAUACAUUUACUGAUUUAUUUUGAUCCCCAUUUAUAAAAGCUGUACACUUUUGUACUUUGCUAGAACAGUCUGCAAUUGUGCGUAUAUAAAUAAAGGUGUGUAUAGAUUUUCAUAUCAAACUAACAGGUCAUUCACAAGUUCUAAGAGUCACAGAAACAGAAACAGACAAACAUCCAUCCGUGCAAGAAACUUUAUAAAAACAGUGUGUGUACAGAAACAUUAUACUUAAGGUAGGUCAAAAUCUGGACUGGGAUAUUUCUGUUGGUUUUAUUUCUUAUUUUACUGUAAGAGUCCUUUUGAGUAAAGCAUAUGUGCUAUCAACCAGGGACUAUCAACCUCCUCUAAUAAUAUUAUUCAUCAGCCACCUCAGCCAUCUCCAAUCACGCACACACACAAACACAAAGCGAAACAGCUAAUUAUUUUAUUAACCCAAUUUCUCGCCCUGCAUGGACGAGCAGCAGCAGCAGCGGGAAGAAGGACAAGUACAGGGGAAGUGGGGUUCCUUCUAUUACAUGCAGCCGUAAUCUCAUUAGCUCUUUGACUCCUAAACAAAUGCGUCUGAUCCCUUUGCUUGGGAGCACAGCCUCCUCGGUGAACAUCUGUGCCUCCACAUUAUAACAAUACAGCUCACUAACCUGGUAAAAUCAUGAACAUCUACCAAGCCUUUAAAUAAUGCCUUGUUAGUGCUGCUACAUCAUCACAAAUGCACCAUUAGCCUCUGUGGUCGGGCUGUUCGGGAGACAUGCUUUCUGAACCUUCAAAUGACAUCACCUCUUGCCUUGCAUAAGCUCUUCUAAUAUACAGUGUAGCAGAGCCUGAUAUUGAUGUGAUACAGCCGUCUGAAAUGUCUUUGCAUCUGAUAGUUUGUAUAAGAUGGAAAUAACGUCACAUUUUAACUGUAUAUAUAAAUAAUGCUUUACACAAAAAUUUUAAAAGUACAGAGGAUAGUUAUGUUGUGUGACUCGGCCUGUCAGAUUUUUUCAUGGAACGCCUCUAGUGAUUUUUAUGAGAAAUUCCAAACAUAUCACCAUUCCUUGGAUUCUGACUCCUGCCCCACCCAA